AUGGCGACAGCAACGAGGCUGGGUCGUGAUUUGCUGUUCUCUUCUUCCUCAUCCACGAGCAAAGCCCUUCGCGCGUCAACGAUAAAGAUUCGGUUCGCCGACAUCAUCGUCAAGUCCAAGCUUAAAAGCGCUGAUGGAAAGGCAAGAAUCGAGAAGGAAAAGCUCCUGCGAAAGCAGCUUGAGGAGAAAGCUAGAAUCGAAGCGGCUGAGACCAGAAAAGCCCUGAGGUUGAAACAACGUCGAGCGCUCGAGAAGAUGGAGCGGGAAGCCAAAGCGGAACACCACUUGGUAACGGAGGACGAGUUCGUCCAUCUUUGCGGUGGACCCCGUCUCGUAGGAAGUCGCUGGUUGGUUCAAGAUCUCGGUUUGGUUUUGAGAACCGACGACGACGAUGAUGUCUCUGAUGAUGAAUCUCUCGAAAACCCAGAAGCUUGCCGUGAUAUUGAGGAAGGUGAAAUUGUUUAG